AUCCUGCAAUGUUGUUUCACGCAUCAUACGGCUACUAUAAAACAUCAUCGACAAAACAAUACCGAUCGUAGAAGGAUAGGUUAUAAACGUCUUUAGUAAAAACGAAAUAUUUUAAAAUGGCGUGUCCUUAUAUAAAUGGUCAGACCUCUUUAAAAAACAGCAAAACUGGUGAAAGCGAGUGCAAUUACGGAGAGUACCUAAAGUUGGAUAAACUUCUCUCAUGCGUAGAAAUGAAGACGGUCGAAGACAAUAAACCAGUCCAUGAUGAGCACCUCUUUAUUGUAAUACACCAAGUUUAUGAGCUAUGGUUCAAGCAGAUUAUAUAUGAAUUGGAUUCCAUUUGCGAUAUUUUAAGUAGCAUUCCCGUAGCUGAGAACAAACAACUUGUAAUGAAUUCGAGACUGGGAAGAGUCGUCGAAAUCAUGAAGCUUCUUGUUUCUCAGUUCAGCGUGAUCGAGACGAUGACACCACAUGACUUUGCGGAUUUUCGACCGUACUUAUCAUCAGCUUCUGGCUUUCAGAGUUAUCAAUUUCGCAUUCUCGAGAACAGAAUUGGGAUUAGGCCUGAAUGGAGAAUUAAGUACAACCAACAAGAAUACAAACAAGUCCAUUGUGCAGCAAUUGCUAAAGAUUUGCAGGAAUCUGAAGAUAAGAUGUCUUUACUUCAGCAUGUUGAGGAAUGGCUGGAAAGAACCCCAGGUUUGGAGGCAGAUGGUUUUGAUUUCUCCAACAAAAUGAGAAAGAACAUAGACAGAAUGCUAACAGAAAUGAAAGCGAAAGCAGAGGCAUGCUCUGGAAAGGAAGCCAAGGAAAACAUGGAGCAGUACCUGAAAGAUAAGGAGACUUUUGAUAGUAUUUUUGAUGAAAAAACACAUGCUGCUCUGGUUAAGAGAGGUGAGAGGAGACUGUCCCACAAGGCUUUGCAGGGAGCCAUGAUGAUUUCCUUGUACCGUCAUGAAAUCCGCUUCAGUCAGCCAUUCCAGUUCUUGCACCUCCUCAUGGAUCUAGACAAGCUACUUAUGAACUGGAGAGCCAGCCAUGCUCAAAUGGUUCAGCGCAUGAUUGGCUCAAAACUUGGAACUGGGGGUUCCUCUGGAUAUCAGUACCUCAGAUCAACCGUCAGUGAUCGCUAUAAGGUUUUUCUUGAUCUGUACAACCUGUCCUCAUUCCUUGUGCCUAAAGAGUAUAUACCACCCUUAACUGAUACGAUGCAACGCCGCCUGUCAAUGACGGUUCUAUCGAGCAGUCUUACCGUACACGAAACCAGUUUAAACAACAGCGAGACAAAUGUCCGGUCCGGUCUCUUGAAUGUUUAGCGUAGCUAUUCUGUGACGGUAAAUUCUAACAGUCACUAUGACAAAGAGCUCAGGCAUUGAAUCAAUUAUGCGGGCUUUUAUUAAUGGUCACAUGAUCUUAUGGGAUUGUUACUUGAAUGUUGUUAUGUAGCCAAACAGCUUCAAGGUGAUCAUGAAUAUUUUAUAUUAUUAAAUUUAUUUAUUUAUUUAUUUCGGUAUAAAAUAUAUACAUCCAUGACUGGCAGGUAAAAACUGAAUUGGCACGGUUACAAAAAGUGUAUACAAAAAGUGACUAAAAAACGAAAAGUUCUUUUCAGAUACAUGAGUACGUAAUCUUUAAAAUGAAGGGUCAUUCGUUGAUAUUGGUCAUUUAAAGUUUUUUUGGUGUUAGGGAGUAAAAGUUCAGCAUUUUUAGAGUUAACAUAAACAUGAUUUUGAGUAUAUAAUAAUUACCAUCCAAUUUAUUCAUGCACACAUUUUUUAACAGUAAUUAACUACCAAAAAAUUGCAAAAUAACUCAUUUCCAGAACUAAAACUUUGUGACACAAUUAAUUUGAUGUUAAACUGUUGCCCUGACAUGUCCUGACAUGCCUCAAAUGCCUACUGAAUGCUCCAAGGUAUUUUCACACAAUCAAAUUUUUUGUGACAAAUUUGUGUGAUGUCAUCACAUAUGGGCAUGGUGAUGUCAUAUUACAGUACAGUACACCCAAAUAUGGGCAUAUUGCAGGUAUUUGUAACAUAAAAUUUGAUUGUGUGGACAAAUCAUAAUGCUUUCACCUAUCAAAAUUUAUGUGACAAAUGUGUGUGAUGUGCUCAUAUAUUGGCUUGAUGAUGUCAUAUUAUACCCAAAUAUGGACAUAUCACAGUUGUCUGUCACAUCUGUGAUAGUGUUGACAAAGAUUUAGUCAUGGUUCUGUUUUGAAUCCUCCCAGGCUGUGAUUUGUUCUAACAACUGUAAGUAGCUCCUGAUAGUGAGCCUUACAGUAGUUUAUAAAGUAUUGCUUCCUUCCUGUGUAAGCGGUAAUCCAGCUAGUGGCAUAAGAGUUCUGAUCUGUCUCUGGUUAAACCCAGGGCCUAGACCUUUUAGGGGCCUUUUAUUGGGAAGAACAUGUAAAAAACAUCUAAAUACACACUUAAAAUAUCAAAAUGCUGAAGCAGGUGUUAGCCUUGUUCCACACUUGGCUCUGCUUGGACCCAGCCUCCAGGGUAACGGGGCUCUAAACAGCCCGGGGUCCCAGGUCUCUUUGUUACGUAUGAGAAUUAAAACAAAAUAAAUAGCGCCUUAUAUAGUGACCUAAUUCUCUGACCGGAUUAUCAAAUUUUCACUUGUAUGUCUAUAUAUGGUCAUGAUGUGAUGUUAUCAUGACCAUAUUUAGGCAUGUCACAUGUGUUUGUCAAAUGAUAAUCAGUUGAACAAAUAUGCAAAUGUGAAGUCAUGCUUUGCACAUUGAUUUUCAAUGUUUUAUUAAGUUUUAUUUUUAAAAUAAUGUUUUUGUACACUUUUUAUUUUUAUUUAUAUAUUUAUAUGGAGAUUAGAUAAUGUGAAUUUUGAUUAUUAAUUUCUGUUAUUCAUGUAGUUAAAUAUAUAUAUCUUGCCUAUGAAUAAGUCUGGUGUGUACAUUUUGUGGAAUGUUACUUUUUUACUGUGGUGUGUAGCAGGCACGAAUCCAGUAGUGGGGUGCGGGGGAUCAUGCCCCAGUUUUGCACAAUAAAUUAAAAAUGUUAUUGCAUAUUAAUGUUACGUGCUACUCACUUAUCUAUUCUGAAACUUGUGCACUCCUGUUUGACAAAUUCUGGAUCCGCCCCUGUGUAGAUGUUUUAUAGGGUGUGUUGUGAAUUGUAAUGCAAAAUAUAACUCUAAAAUGUAAUUAAAAAACAUGAUCAAUGAUACGUAGUUACUGUACAUCUAAAGCUUUGGCCACACUGUAAAAUUAUCUUUGACAAAAUACUGGUGUACGCCCAUAUAUAGUCAUGAUGUGCCUAUAUAUGGUCAUGAUGUGAUGUCAUCAUGGUGUAUGCCCAUAUAUAGUCAUGAUGUGCCUAUAUAUGGUUAUGAAUAAAAGGACUAUAAGC